GCAGUGGCACUGCUGUUCGCCGGAUUAGACGCGGCCGUGAAACCAAAAACGGCCCGGCACGAUUCGUACGGUGUACGGGAUGUGAACGAAUUUCUAAGCUACCUAAAUGAGUUUAACCUACUCAACAUUCAGGAGCGGCAUGAUGAUUUUCAAAAUAUUUACAACACACUGAAGCUAUUUAGUUUGUACGAAAAUAUGGUCCUACUGCGGGAGUACAAUGAGCAGGACAAAGAGCUGGAACGUGAGCAUAAAACCUACGCCGAUUGUUUCCGGGUCAACGUAAAACAGCGGAACACAUUUCGUCGUUGGCUCGACCGAUCCCGCUCAAUGGUUCACGUGUUUGGCAACGACCGGUUCGACGUGAAUUUUUUAUUGCUGUCCGAUGUGAUUGAAAACGAAAUGCGUCCCCUGUUUGAUGAUUUCUGUGUGCCGAAGGAACUAUGAUAUGGAAAGACGGCUGAAACUGCCCCAAAAACUUUGCUUCU